GACGCCUUCACCCAUGUCAGCUGACGUUUGACGGAACUGUACUUUAGUGUUGCUGCAGAUUUCACUCAUAUAGCUGAAGUAUUUAUUAAUAGUUGGAUUAGAAGUUCUGAAGUUAUUAUUCAAUCUUUUCCUUGAUAAAUCCCUCUACAGAUCGCAGUCAGUGCCUUAAAAACAACUUUAAAACAUGGCGCUCAGCGAUGCCGCGGUACAGAAACAGAUCAAACACAUGAUGGCCUUUAUUGAGCAGGAAGCCAAUGAGAAGGCAGAAGAAAUUGAUGCAAAGGCAGAAGAAGAGUUUAAUAUCGAAAAGGGACGACUGGUACAGACUCAAAGGUUGAAGAUAAUGGAGUACUAUGAGAAGAAAGAGAAACAGAUUGAACAACAGAAGAAAAUCCAGAUGUCAAAUUUGUUGAACCAGGCAAGACUGAAGGUGCUCAAAGCCCGUGAUGACAUGAUUAAGGAUCUGCUAAACGAUGCACAACAACGGUUGGCCAACAUAGCCCAAGACCCAAAUCAGUACCCAGCACUGCUGGAGGGGCUGGUGUUACAGGGAUUUUAUCAGCUGCUGGAGCCCAGGGUUAUAAUCCGGUGCAGAAAGCAAGAUGUAGCGAUGGUGCAGGCUGCUGUUCAGAAAAACAUCCCUAUCUACAAAGAGGCUGUAAAGAGUAAUAUUGAGGUGCGCAUCGACGAAAACAACUUCCUGUCCCCUAACAUUUCAGGAGGUGUUGAAGUUUAUAACGCUGAUGGCAAGAUCAAGGUGUCCAACACACUAGAAAGCAGACUAGACCUUCUGGCGGAACAGAUGAUGCCUGAGAUCAGAGUGACUCUGUUUGGUGCCAACCCAAACCGCAGGUUUAUGGAUUAAUGGACUGUUAAUAACACACAUUAGUGGUAGUUGGGAGAACGGUGAAAUUCAGAAAACAUGAUAAAGUGAUGAGGAGGCAAUUUUAUUUUUUGAAGGUCACUGUGGUUUUUCAGAAGUGAAAAACUAUUCUGGUUGCAAUUGAUCAUGUUCCAGCAAUUUAUUAUUGUGCUCUUAUUCUUGUGUGUUUUUGCUCUUGGAAAACAAGCCCAAAGAAAGUAUUUAAGGCUUAUCAUAUUUACUCGUGUUACCUUAUAUCUCUGUGUUUUAGCGUCACUGGUGGGGAAAAUGGAUACCUGACAUCUUAUCUUAAGCUGUUUGAACAAAAAGCCAUAAGCACUCAGGAAUUUUACAUUGUUUUUGCCUUGAAAGCUAUUAUCUAAAUCUAAGCAGCCUAACAGGUUUUCCCUGGAAAAGGAAAGUCCUCAUUUAAUGUCUUAAAAACAUAGAUGCCUUUGUGUUUGUUUUUUCCUGCAUUUUCAUGUGUAGUACAAUUGCAUAAUACUACAGAUAAAUAAAUCAAAUAUAUUUUAUUUAUGUUCUGAAGCAUUUCUGUGCCCAUUACAAUAUAAACAAAGCAUCGCUUGUUGGUUACACUUUACCCACCGUUCAGGAAAGAAAUCAAGUCGUACAUCUGACAGAGGGUUACAGAAAAAUACCUCAAAUAUUAAAAACACGCUGUCGCCUUGUGGAAAUCAGACAUAUCAAAUGCAAAUUAGCAUCGGUUGUGGUGCAUGUUUUACAUAAUCAAAUGACUCCAGACCAUGUUUUCAAAAAGACUUUAAAAUACAAAGGCUGAUGAAUAAACUGAAUAAGCAGAGACACAUAGCCUAUAUCAGUCUUGCAUAUUUAAAAUGUACAGAUUGCUUGUUGCUUAUCAAAAUUAUUCAGUAUAACAUGAAUAUGAAGACUGUUUUUUCUUUCUUUCUAAAAAAUCAGGUUUUGCCUUCCAAGGCAUCUAUAAAAUGCUUGUUAUUGUUAUAAUACUGUAUUUUAAAUUGAAAUAUCUUGAAAAAUUAAACUACUCAAGACCUCAUUUCUCUAUACGUUUCACUGUAUUCUUUCUUACUCAAGGCGAAA